UUGACUUGUGAUGGAUUUAUCUGUGUUACCAUGUUAAACGAACGUAAUACUUUGUGAUAUUUUUAAUUGGACUGUGACAUAAAUGUGACAGAAUCUUUCUGUAUGUGGAAAUAAUGUUACCUGAAAUAACGGUUGCCAUAAUUCACCAGUAUAUUUCUGACAAGUAUAGGUUAUGUUGGUGUGUUAUUUCUUUUACAACCCAACGGAUAGUGGAGCAGUGCAACUUACACAAAGUAACUUGGACACAAUAUUAGCUUCAAAUGAAUUGGUACUUAUUAAUUUUUAUGCGGACUGGUGCCGAUUCAGUAAUAUGCUGGCACCAAUAUUUGAUGAAGCUGCCGACAAAGUUGCAGCCGAAUUUCCAGAGCCUGGCCAGGUCAUCAUGGGAAAAGUCGACUGCGACAAAGAAGGUUCAAUUGCUACAAGGUUUCACAUAACAAAAUAUCCUACCCUGAAAGUAAUUCGAAAUGGCCAGUCCUUGAAGCGAGAAUAUCGAGGCCAGAGAUCAGCAGAAGCGUUUCUUUCCUUCAUCCAGAAACAACUCGCAGAUCCAAUAAAAGAAUUUACAGAUCUCAAAGAAUUAAAAGAACUUGAUGAUAAAAAAAGAACAGUUAUUGGAUACUUCGAUCAGAAGGAUGUACCACAAUAUACGGUAUUCAGAAAAGUUGCCACAGGUCUCAAGGAAGAUUGUCAGUUUUAUGUAGGAUUUGGAGCUGCAAGUGCACAGAUGCAUCCACCAGGCCAGCCAAUCGUAGUAUUCCGCCCUGACAAGGCUAGAUCCAAUGAACAGGAUGAGACAUUCACAGCGAACCUAAAUGUGUAUGAUGAACUGAACAGUUGGGUAACUGAAAAAUGUGUUCCACUAGUCAGGGAGAUUACAUUUGAGAAUGCUGAGGAGCUGACAGAAGAGGGGAUACCAUUCCUUAUACUUUUCCACAAACCAGAAGACAAUGAGAGCGUGAAGAAAUUCAAUGAUGUCGUUAGGAACGAACUUAUCUCAGAGAAAAAGAGUGUGAACUUUCUGACGGCAGACGGUGUGAGAUUUGCUCAUCCGCUUCAUCAUCUUGGAAAGAGUCAAAGUGACUUACCGCUAAUUGCCAUAGACAGUUUCCGACACAUGUACCUGUUCCCAGACAUCAAUGAAAUGGAGGUACCAGGGAAACUUAAGAGUUUCCUACAGGAUUUAUACUCUGGGAAAUUGCAUCGAGAAUUCCAUUAUGGACCUGAGCCAGUUACAAAUACACCUCAACAGACUGAAAGUGGUAGUAAAAAACCAACCACGCCACCAGAAUCCACUUUUAAGAAAUUGGCUCCAUCGAAAAAUCGCUACACGCUACUCAGAGACGAGCUGUAGGCAGUGAAUUUGGUGGCCCACCAGUUGAAACCUUUGUCAGAUUUGAUUAUUCAGAUAAAUUGAAUAUAAAUUUUUGGGAAGACUUUGGUAAGAUAUGUGAUUUCUUUAGUAAUUUGACACAUUCAAGGAAAUUCCAUUGACUCUUAUCUUCUGUGAGGUGUUUAUGCAGCCACAGCUUGUACUGAACAGAGAUACUUUCCACAAAGAUAGACAUCUGUAAAAUUAUGAUUCAGCACCGAUCAUUUUUUUUCCCUGUGAAGUUUGAUGUGUGUGUGUGUGAAUUUGGCCUGUUUCAGCUCUACCAUGUGAAGUGAUUACAUACUAAUUUUCUUCAUGUUCUCCACAAAUUGUAUUCUUGUAUGUUCCUAUCAAAAUCCUAGUCUUUAGGUCGAUAUGCAUAUUAGUGCCCUCUUUUUGAGGUGAAUAGUGCUUCUACAUGAUUUUCACAUAUUGUACCCUUUAAAUAGAGUUUCAGGGGAACUUCUGUUUUACAUUCCUCAGUUCAGCACUGAAUUAACCCUUUGGCUGCCAAGCUUCACCACAGAAAUACCAAGGCUUUUCUUGGGGUAAAUGCAGUUUCACAGGAAAACCCACACCUUAGUUGAUCUUCCAAAAGCCACAGGUAUAGUUCAUGUGAAAAACCUGUUCUUUUUUCUAAAAAUCGAUAUGUUAUGCUUCAUGGCAUGUAUUGACAGACACUGUACUGAGUGAUUAACAACAAGCCAGUCUCUUUGGCCGUGUUAGUUUCAACACAAGUACCCUGAACCAAUCUAAUCAGCUUGUGGCAUGCAUAAAGAAAGUGAUUCAGAGUCAAUAAUUUUGGUGUUAAAUUUCGUUCAUUUAAUAUAUUCCGCAGUUUAAUGCCCAUAUCCAUUGUGCCCUAUAGAGACCCAGAGGCAGGUUUUGCUAUAGAGUGUGUUGUUUAAAAUUCACAUGUCAGGCUACUGCAGGCUAUCUGUGCAUGUGAUUGGGUAAGGAAACUACUUGUUUCAGCCAUCAGGUAGUUCUGUGUGUAAAUGCAAUAAACAGGGUGUCACUAGACUGAUCAUCAUGUAAUAUAACACAAGUUGUGUUGAGUUUCAUCAAGUUCAUUACCUUCUGCAAACUUUUCAUACAUCACAUGCCUACUAGAAGUAACAGUAAGAAGGUCAUGCAAGCUUAAUACAGUGAAAUCCCUGUUUAAUGAGUCUGCGGCUGUUUUUGUUUUUUACUUUAAGUCCAGGUUUUCACUAAAUGGAGGUUACAUACAUUUCACCAAGACACCAUUUUAUUUGACUUGUAGUAUACAAUUAUAAUAAAGUAAACUGUUUGUAUGCCAGUAAAUAGUUACAUACAGGUAGUUAACAAUAUCAGUUUAAUUUCUUAAAUAAUCACAUGUGAAAUAAUAACUAAAAGAACCUCAAUCGAGGAUCAAAGCCAGCUAAUGCUACAAAUGUGAAGGUUGUGGUGCAUGUUUAGUAAAUGUUGGUUGUGCAGUAAUAAUGUCUUGCAGAGAGAACAUGUGGAUAUUGAUUGUCAUUUCAACCACAGUAGUGCUAAAUUGAGGUGCAAGUUCUAGACAUUAAAGAAUUUCUUAUACUAAAUGCAGGGUGUUUACUAAAUCAAAACUCACUAAAUAUGAGGAAAAAAUAGGCUUCAGCUGGGACCAAAAAAAAAUAGUCACUAAAGGUGGGA